AUGUUGUCAAGCCGUUCAAGUUCAACUCCAACGGUAGCCGCUUAUUUUGAUUCAAUUGAACAACAACAACAUGAACCAUCAUCAUCAAUUAUAUUUCGAAGACGAUCAAUUAAACAUCCAUCAUAUAGUCGAACAACAUCUAUUUGUACAUCAGGUCUUGGUGAUUCAAAUUCAAAUAUUGCCGAUUUAGAAUGGGAUAAAUCAGAUUUUACACGUCAUUUACCUGAAACAGAUGCUCUCUCAUGUUAUGAUGUAAAUGAAAUGGCUGAAAUAUUACGAAAUCGUUUUUUAGAAUUUGAUAUGCAAUCCCAAGCAUCUUUAGCUGGUGGAUAUGUUAAUGGUAAUCGUGGUAGUAUUACUGGUGGUGGUGGUCAUAUAACACCCGAUCGUUUAUCACAAUUAAAUGAUUUUUUUUAUUUACAAUCACGUAAUGGUGAUAUAAACACUGAAUUAAAUUUACAACAACCAGAUAUUCUUGAAAAUGAUCCCUAUUUAAAAUAUGCUAAUUUUACUAUCGAUGAACUAUUAAAAAUUAAACGUUUAGCUUUAAUGUCUCAUAAUCGUAUGACAUUUGAUGUUGACUCAUUCUAUGCUCCACAACAUUUACAAUUUCCAUUUUCUUCACAACCCAAUUUUCAUCAUAGUAUGCCAGAAUUAAGGCAACAUGAAAAUAUAACUAUACCAUUAAAUGCAAAACAUUUAUCUUUAAUGGAUAUGAAAUCAUUUGAAUGGACAUAUUUAAAACAAACAUCACAAAAUGCUGCCGUUAUUAAACAUAUAUUAAGUCAACGAAAUUCUGUUUGUUUACCAUCAUCAUUAUCAUCAUCAUCAUCAACAACAACAACUCAAACAAUUAUUCAAAAAGAACCACAACAUGGUAGUAGUGUUAAUUUUAGUCGUAUAUCUAAAUUAGCUAUGUUACGUAUUUAUAUGGAAAAAUUACGUGAUAAAGUCUAUUGUAUUGUCUAUCAAACAUUUCAAGCACCAUCGCCAACAAAAAAUACAACAACAUCAAAUAUAAUUAAUUCUAGUCGUAUGCCUGUUAUUACAGAAGAAACAAUCGAAUCAUAUGACAUUAUUGAAAAUGACAUGUGA